AACCAGGAGCGAGGCCUGCGUCGCAGGACCGUAGAGGUGGAGCCGGUGAGGUGGAGCCUUUCAAAGUUAGGAAAAGCCCGCCCAUCUCUUUUCCUAAGGAACUUCCGGAGUUUAGGAGGUUUGAUUCCUACUGUAGAGGAGGAUCACCAUGGCAACUGGACAGAAGUUGAUGAGGGCUAUUCGAGUGUUUGAAUUUGGUGGACCGGAAGUGCUGAAGCUCCAGUCCGAUGUGGUCGUUCCUGCUCCACAGAGCCAUCAGGUCCUAAUCAAAGUCCACGCCUGCGGCGUCAACCCCGUAGAGACAUACAUUCGCUCCGGGACCUACAGUCGGAAGCCUUCCUUACCCUACACUCCAGGCAGCGAUGUGGCUGGGAUCAUAGAAUCUGUUGGAGAUGGUGUGUCUGCUUUCAAGAAAGGUGACCGGGUCUUCUGCUUCAGCACAGUCUCUGGUGGCUACGCAGAAUUCGCUCUUUCGGCAGAUAACACCACCUACCCCCUGCCCAAGACACUGGACUUCAGGCAGGGGGCUGCCCUGGGGAUCCCGUACUUCACGGCCUGCCGAGCUCUGUUCCACAGUGCCCGUGCUCGAGCUGGGGAAAGCGUUCUGGUUCACGGGGCCAGCGGAGGAGUUGGAUUAGCUACAUGCCAGAUUGCCAGAGCUCAUGGCUUAAAGGUUUUGGGCACAGCUGGUUCUGAGGAAGGAAAAAAGCUUGUUCUGCAAAACGGAGCCCACGAAGUGUUUAAUCACAAAGAAGCCAACUAUAUUGAUAAAAUCAAGACGUCUGUUGCUGACAAGGGGGUUGAUGUGAUUAUUGAGAUGCUGGCGAACAAGAACCUCAGCAAUGACCUGAAGCUCCUGUCCUGCGGAGGGCGGGUCAUUAUCGUUGGCUGUAGAGGUUCCAUUGAGAUAAACCCAAGGGACACCAUGGCAAAAGAGACAAGUAUAAUCGGAGUCUCUCUCUUUUCAUCCACCAAGGAGGAAUUCCAGCAAUUCGCAGGCAUCCUCCAAGCAGGAAUAGAAAAAGGUUGGGUGAAACCUGUGAUAGGCUCUGAGUAUCCACUGGAGAAGGCGGCCCAGGCCCAUGAAGACAUCAUUCACAGCAGUGGGAAGAUGGGGAAAAUGAUUCUCCUCUUAUGAGACCAGCUGUUCCCGGGGACGCCCUGUGUCAGUGGGACUCCUCCUUCCCCAAGUCGCUGCUGCACCAUCUCUAAUCAGUGUUCAUUUGAUUGAGGUUCAUGUAUUAAAAACACAGCUUUAGGGAGGAGACCCAGUGGAGUGAUGUGUCCAGUGUGGUACUGGCAUGCAUCACAAAACUCUCGUUCCUUUUUCUUCAUUUUCAUUCUUUGGUUGGAUGUGUUUGUUUUAUUUUUGAGACAGAAUCAUGCUCCGUAGUUCAAGCUGGCCUUGAACUCACGGUGGUCUUUCUGCCUCAGCUUGGAAGUGCUGGGAUUUUAGUCAUGCAUUAUCACACACAGCUUCAUCUCACACCUUCUUGUCUGAUUAGCUUCAUUCAUAACUUUGAAUAAAAUGUACAAGUUCAAAAUAGUCCUCUACUGAUCGCCCCAGGCUUCCAAGCCUGCUCCCCUUUAAGUAGUCACCUGACCCCUCAGCCAUGGCUGCCGUGGGCCCUGAAGGAUUUCUGGACUGAAAAACAUGCUUUUAAGACUAAUGUCAUCUCAGUCUGUAAGCCCCGGGGAAGGGCAAAAAUGAGCAACACCUACGGGAAAACCUACCAGUCAGUUUUCCUCACAUUUCCGAGAAUAUCAGAAUACUCACUGCGUGCCGGUCACCAACCGCCCCUGCUCUGGGAGGUCAGGACUUGAUCCUGAGUCAGCGGCAUUCAGUACAAUCACCCAUUAAUGCUUCAUGGUCGUUUACAGUUAUUGGUAUAUAUGACACGAGUCUCAUAGUUUUACCUAAAAUUGUAAGUUCACAAAUUUAGCACUUUAAAAACUGUCUGCUUUGGUUUGCAUAGUAUCUUAGCCUGGAGUAAAUUCUGUGGAAUGCUGAA